AUGUCUGACCAGUCGCGUGUUUCUGCGAAUCCCCAAGAGGAACGCGCGGGCAGUCCGACCGGCUCGCAAGAGAAAGUCGACACCGCGACAGAAAAGGAACAACACGAGCCAGAGGACACGGCAGAUCAGAAAAAGGAGGAAGAAUCACAACAUCAAACCGAGCCCGAAGACACAGCUGCUGCCCCCCCAUUACCCGAUGAGAUCCCGCCGCCACUCCCCUCCGAAGCACCACCUGGCCAGCCCAGUGACGACGGAUGGGAGCCCGUAUGGGAUGCGACCUCCCAAGCAUACUAUUUCUACAACCGAAUCACAGGCCUCUCACAAUGGGAGAACCCUCGCGUACCCGACCAACCACCAGCUCCUGGCACAGAACCCAGCGCAAAGACAGAAGAACCGAGACCAAAAUCGCCCGUGCUAGGUGGUUAUAACCCCGCUAUCCACGGAGAUUAUGACCCGACAGCCUCAUAUGCGCAGCAUUAUGAAAAAAAAAUACAAGAGCCGGAAGUAGCGGUUGUCGAUCAGGCUGCGGCUUAUGCUGCUGCUGGAGCCUUCAAUCGGUUUACAGGUCGAUGGCAGGCAUCAUCUAUCAACCCGGAGAAUCACAAUGAUGAGAACAAGUCUCAUCGUCAGAUGAAUGCGUACUUUGAUGUUGAUGCUGCGGCUAAUUCUCACGAUGGUCGGAGUCUGCGUGCUGAGCGGAGCGCUAAGAAGCUGAGCAAGAAGGAGCUGAAGGAGUUCAAGGAAAAGCGAAGGGAGAAGAAAGAAGAGAAGCGGAGGGCAUGGUUACGGGACUAA